CGGGGCUAGUUGGCGCUGACGCCGGAAGCGGCGCGGGGGGCGGGGCUAGUUGGCGCUGACGCUGGUUGCAGGAUGGCGGCGGCCGGGCGGGUCUCUCUGCUCCGGGCGCUGGGACUCUACGUUCCGGGACGCAGGGGCGCGUGGAGGCGACCGCUGCUCGCUGUCAGCCUUGCUCGCCGCUCCUCAUGCUGGGAUCUCCCCGGUUCCUUGGCGGUGACUCGCCACCUGGCUACUGCACCUGAGGGAGACAAAGCGAAGACGGGCCCCUCGAAGCCCGGGCCAGUUUCCUGGAAGUCCUUGGCACUCACAUUUGCAAUUGGUGGAGCUUUAUUGGCAGGAAUGAAAUACUUCAAGAAAAAAAAGGAAGAAAUGCUGGAGAAGGAGCAGAAGCGGGCUCUUGGGAAGCCAUUGCUGGGAGGCCCUUUCUCACUUGUGGAUCACCAGGGACAGCCCAGGACCCACAGGGACUUCCUGGGCCAGUGGGUGUUAAUCUACUUCGGCUUCACGCACUGCCCCGACAUCUGUCCAGAGGAACUGGAGAAAAUGAUUCUAGCGGUGGAUGAAAUUGACAGGAUCCCAUCUCUGCCAAAUGUGACCCCACUCUUCAUUACCAUCGACCCAGAGAGGGACACCGGAGAAGCCGUGGCCAGAUAUGUUAAAGAGUUUUCUCCCAAACUGGUUGGACUGACUGGUACCAAAGAGCAGAUUGAGCAGGUGACCAGAGCGUAUCGUGUGUAUUACAGCUCAGGCCCCAAGGAUGAAGACAAUGACUACAUAGUGGAUCACACAAUUAUUAUGUACCUCAUUGGACCAGAUGGAGGCUUUGUGGACUACUAUGGCCAGAACAAGAAGAAUUCUGAGAUUGCCACUUCUAUCGCUGCACACAUGAGACAGUAUAAACCCAGCUAAAAUACAAGAUCUGCAAAGAAUGGUGCAAAGUCAAACUGUAAGGCAGGCUCCAAUGGGACUGGCGUGUCUUUGCUUUCAACUGCACUGAACUUAUAAGACUGUCCUUAUGUCACAUAUUUCCUCUCCAAAUAAGAAAGGUACAUUGUGUUUAUUUCUGUGAAAUGUAGCUGCUUAUCAGAAAUUUGUACAUAACCUUUCCCAUUGGGUGUAUUUGGCAGCAAUGACCAUGCUGCAGAAUAAGAAACUCAUUUGGGAUUCUUAUGGAACUGGGGAGCAAAGAAUUUAAAAUUUUUACAAAACUAUUUUUGUUGGUGAAGGUAUCUCUGCAUUAGUUAUGCACUCACUUUUGGCAAGAGAUAAGUGAGAACUGCUCUCUGCAGGGAAGGCUGUUCUCUGAUGUAAGUUGCUGACACUUUGGCAUACCAAAGGGCUGUUCCCCCUUCUCUUUUCUGCAGUGCCUUUUGCUCUUGCACAGACACUUGUAAUGUUCUGUCCACAGUAAUGAGCCUUAAUAGCAGUCCUACCCUGUGGUUUACUGGAGAGCACUGAAGGCACAUCCUCUUCCACUUGUGGGACCAGCCCUGUACAAUAACUGAGUAUUUUUGGGCUCGAGCCCAGGGAUGCAGCAUCAUUUCCAGGCAAGGUUUCCAAUGUCCUAAUGUAGAAUGGUAUUACUCUUACUAGUAAUGAAAUAAAUUAUGAGUUGGGGAUGGAUUUUCUUCUGGUGUAACCAGCUGCCUGUAGCUUUUUAGUCUGACAGUUAUGAAGCACUGAAUAAUGGAGUGGAGGAGUGAUCAGUGAUUGGUGUAUGUGCCCAAGGCUGUUGAUCAGGUAAAAUGUGUGCAAUGCUCUGAUUGUAAAAUAAAGGAAUGAAUCUUA